AGCCAAUGGCAGGGUGCACCGUCCUCAGGGUCCCCAUGCUGUUCCUGAUCCUCCUGCUAUUUCCAGAGCUCUACAUGACAGGCACCCUGGCCUCUGGAUCCUCUGCCCGGAACCUGCCCGAAACCCACUCCCACCUCCCCAGCUCUGCACUAUGGGUGCCUCAGACAAGCCAUCACGGUCGUCGAGGCCCGGGGAAGAAGGACAGGGGCCCAGGCAGACCUAGCCGGACCCAGGAGGGAGCCGUGGUCACUGCCACCAGGCAGACUUCCCAGAUGACACCUGGACAGCCCCCUGCUGGCCUUCUGCAGAACAAGGAGCUGCUUCUAGGACUGGCAUUGCCCUACCCGGAGAAGGAGGCCCGGUCUCCUGGUUGGGAGAGGGUGAAGAAACGUGGCAGAGAACACAAGAGGCGCAGGGACCGUCUGCGGCUGCAUCGAGGCCGGGCUGCCAUCCGUGGACCCAGCUCCCUCAUGAAGAAGGUGGAACCCUCUGAAGACCGGAUGCUGGAAAGUACCAUGGAAGAGUCUUCCACUAGCCUGGCCCCCACCAUGUUCUUCCUAACCACAGCCGACGGUGCCAUGCCUACUGCGGAAGAGUCCCGGAUCCUGCCCGUCACCUCCCUGCGGCUCCAGCAGACGCAGCCCACGUCUGAUGGGGAGGUGAUGCCCACACUGGACAUGGCCCUAUUUGAUUGGACGGAUUAUGAAGACUUAAAGCCGGAGGUUUGGCCUUCUGCAAAGAAAAAAGAGAAACACUGGAGUCAUUUUACCAACGAUGGUAACGAGACAUCACCUGCUGAGGGAGAGCCAUGUGACCAUCACCAGGACUGCUUGCCAGGAACUUGCUGUGACCUCCGGGAACAUCUCUGCACACCCCACAACCGCGGCCUCAACAACAAAUGUUUCGAUGACUGCAUGUGCAUGGAAGGGCUGCGCUGCUAUGCCAAAUUCCACCGGAACCGCAGAGUCACUCGAAGGAAGGGGCGCUGUGUGGAACCUGAGACAGCCAACGGGGACGAGGGAUCUUUCAUCAACAUCUAGCGCCCUAGUGGUGCCUCCCCACCGGCCCGGGGUCUGAGCCAAGGAGGUUUAGGACAAACAGGGCCGUGUUAGUAACUAGCUCAACUUGAGGCUGAGUGGGGAACCGAUGGUUGAGGCUGUAGGUGCAGGCCCAAUUCCCUCACCCCCAAAGCAGGAAGGCCGCUUGGCUGAGAGCAAUGCGCCUGCGCCCGCCCGCUUGCAGCCCGCAGCCAGGGACGGGGCGGGGCCGGUCCCCAGCCAGGACCCGGCUCAGCUAAGGGAUCCUGCUAAACUCGGUGGCUGUGUGGAGCGCACCCUCUUCUGCUCUACGCCAGCACUGCAACAGUUUCAAUUUGUGAAAUCAAGAAGGCUCCCUUGACUGGAAAGGGUUGGAAAGAGAGGGGACACCUGACAGGCGUGGAUCUGGAAUGCUGUGUUCCAGGCAAACGCCAAGCACCACGUGUAUUUUUACUGAAUUUCCACAGAGACCGUGGUAAGAGAUCACUGACGCGCACCCGAGGUGCAUGAUCCGUCGUGCAGGGUCCCACGUCAUCCAUGGUCCUCCAGUUUUGGCAGCAGAGACAGCUUAACUGUCUUCAGCCUUUCCCUAGAAAGACUUACGUCUUUUUGA